AUGUACAGAUCACCUAUAUUUCCUCACCUGGUUUUGUCAAGAGAUUAUCUUUUAGUUCGUUCGGCCAAAGGGGCACUUUUCCUUUGCCGUAUUGAUAAGGUUUAUGCUGUUGGCCAAGAAGAACCUCAUAUGGAAGUAUUUUCACCAGGGACAAAAAAUGUACAGAAUUAUCUUCUGAAUCGAAUGCUUGUAUAUGUUUAUCGUGAGUUUCGAGCUAGGGAGAGUCCUGGUAUCAUUUGUCAGAUACGAGCUGAUGAAUUACCUAUUCAAAGUCCUUUGACAGAUGCUAUUGUGAGAAAACGACUCAAGCAUUGUGCAGAGUUGAAGAAAGGACCAAAGGGACAUUUCUGGAUAAAGAGACCUGAUUUCCAGGUUCCAUCUGAGGAAGAACUGAAAAGAUUAUUGGCACCGGAAAGUGUGACACGAACAUCGCACCUAGCUAUCGUCAAGGCUGUUAGGCAAUCACGUCGUGGUCAUCACAUGAGAACCAAGUAG